AUGUCCAAGUACACCCACUUUGAGGCUCUUCCCCUGCACGCCACAUUCGGCGCCGAGCUCAAGGGCAUCGAUUGGCCGCAUAUCAACGCCGAUGUUGUAGCGGAGAUCAAGGCCGCAGUCGACGAGUACGGCGUCUGCGUGCUCCGCAACACCGGCCUCGACGACGCCGCGCACGUCGAGUUCUCCAAGCAACUCGGCGAACUCGACAACAUCAAGCGCUUCAUCCACCCAGGCCGCAAGAUGCGCUACGCCCACUACGAACUCUUUGACGCCUCCAACCUCGACGAGAACAAUGAGCUCCUCGACCUGAACUCGCCCCGCGCCCAUGCCAACCGCGGCAACGGCCUCUUCCACAGCGACUCAAGCUACAACCCCGCCGCGCCUCCUACUCCCUCCUCCGCGCCGCCAUCCUCCCCCGCCGGCACCGGCGGCGCCACCCAAUUCGGCGACUCCCGCACCGCCCUUGCCCAGCUCCCCGAACCCCUCAAGUCCAAGCUCCUCGCCGCCGACUACUACUUUGCCGACAUCGACCCCUCCACCUUCCCCAUGGUGCGCCACCGCAUCACCCAGCUCCACGAGCAGUCGGGCCGCAUGACCCUCUACGUCGGCGCCCACCUCCACCACAUCGAGGGCCUGCCCGAGGAGGAGAGCGCCGCCCUUAGGGACCAGCUCAAGGCCUGGGUCGGCCGCGACGAAAACGUCCUUACCGUCGACUGGGAGCAGCCUGGUGACCUCGUCAUCUGGGACAACAGGUCGACCGUUCACAGGGCCUUGGGCGGCGAGUUCGUCGGCAAGUAUAAGAGAGAUUUGAGGAGGACCACAGUGCACGACGAGGGCAAGGGCGCGUGGGGGCUCAACGAGCUGGCAGAAAACCCUUCGUUUGAUAUGGGACACAAGACCCUGGCGAGGGCGCAGCCAGCCGCCCCGGCCACCGUGACUGUUUGA